AUGGUUCUAGAAGGAAGCACUGAAGCUGUGAGUUCUCAUUCGCUUGAUCUGCGACGGACCUGUGCCCAGAAUGGGCGUUUUUACCCUUCGGCAGGGGACAGUCUCCUGUUAACCAAAAAAGCGGUGAAGUACGGGGAGUUGAUUGUCCUGGGGUACAAUGGCUCUCUGCCUAAUGGAGAUAAAGGACGUCACCGGAGCCGUCUGGCCCUCUACAAGCGACCCAAACCCAACGGGGUCAAACCUGACAUUAUCCACCAUAUCUCCACCCCACUUAUGUCCAAAGCGUUGAGCGACAGAGGUCAACACAGCAUCUCCUACACGCUUUCCCGAAGCCAUUCGGUCAUUGUGGAAUACACUCAAGAUGGCGAGACGGACAUGUUCCAGAUCGGCCGCUCGACGGAGAGCAUGAUUGAUUUUGUGGUGACCGACACCACGCCGGGGACAAACUCCUCCGUGGAUGGACAGACGGCCCAAAGUACUAUAUCCCGUUUUGCCUGCCGCGUCAUCUGUGAAAGGAACCCUCCGUACACCGCCCGGAUUUACGCUGCCGGUUUCGACGCGUCCCGCAACAUUUUCCUUGGAGAGAGAGCCGCGAAAUGGAGGACUCCUGACGGGCUCAUGGAUGGCUUGACCACGAACGGCGUGCUGGUGAUGCACCCCAAUGGCGGUUUUAGCGAAGACUCCACCCCGGGGGUCUGGCGGGAGAUCUCGGUGUGCGGGAACGUCUAUGCCCUGCGGGACAGUCGCUCAGCACAGCAGCGGGGAAAGCUGGUGGAAACGGAGUCCAACGUUCUCCAGGACGGCUCCCUCAUUGACCUCUGCGGGGCCACGCUCCUCUGGCGCACCUCGGAGGGGCUCCUGCGCACCCCAACUUUGCAACAGCUGGAGGUGCUGCGCCAAGAGAUCAACGCCGCCCGGCCCCAGUGCCCGGUGGGCUUCAGCACCCUGGCGUUCCCCAGCCUGGCCCAGCGGGGCGUGGUGGAGAAGCAGCAGCCCUGGGUCUACGUCAACUGCGGCCACGUCCACGGCUUUCACAACUGGGGGUUCCGUAAGGAGAAAGGGGGCCUGGAGCGCGAAUGCCCCAUGUGCCGGCGGCUGGGCCCCUACGUGCCUCUCUGGCUGGGCUGCGAGGCCGGGCUGUAUCUGGACGCCGGACGGCCCACCCACGCCUUCUGCCCCUGCGGCCAUGUCUGUUCUGCGAAGACUGUCCAGUACUGGUCACAGAUCCCACUGCCGCACGGCACCCACGCCUUCCACGCUGCCUGCCCCUUCUGCAGCACCUGGCUGACCGGCCAGCAGGGUUUCGUCCGGCUCAUUUUCCAGGGACCCCUCGAUUGA